GACUCCUCCUCUCCACAUCGCACUCGGCGGUGAAGGAGGAGGAGGAACAGUCACAGCACUUCGCCCCCUCCACUCCACCUUUCCGUCGGCCUGCGCUCGUUUGUCGGAGCGCGCCGCGGAUUUUCCCUCCCUUCCCGGCUACGACAGAAAUGACCGAACAGGCGUUUGUAUGAUGACUUAAACUGCGGCGAGGAGGAGGAAGAGGAGAACGGCGGCGGCGGAGGAGACCUGACGACGCCGGUCUGAGUGAACAAGGUGUGACAAGGAGUGGCUCACAACUGGAAUGAGCUGGGGGGAGAAAACGGAGUGGCACACGGGUAAAAUAGAGUGUGAAACGCGGUAAGUAGUAGCGGAAAGUAAAUAUGGAGUAAAAGUGGCAUUUUCGCCUUCGCGGUGGGCGCGAGGAGCGCGGCACUGACUGACUUCCAGUUCUUCUCAAGCCAGAUGGUCAGAAUGGGGUAGGACCCUGAAGUGUGGAUUUUGGAUGGACCAAGUGCUGGACCUCCACCUGGCUGGGUUUUCCUGAGAACAGCAGGUGGAGACAAGUGGUGAGAUGCACAUUUCACGGAAGAAGACGAAGCUUCUGUUGGUGAUGAUGACAGUGAACCUCUUCAUUUUCAUUGUGGCUGAGGUGUUCCGGAAUAGCAGCCAGAGCAAGCGCGCUACUAGCAAGGUUAUUGUCCCCACCAAGUCUUUUUGGAAGAAGCCCUUGCCCAGUAAAGCCUAUUGGAACCUGGAGCAGCAGAAGCUUGACUACAUCUAUAACCCCAUCCUGAUGGCCACAAAUGGCUCCAGACUUGAGCUGCCUGACUGGUUGAAUGACACAGAGGUGUCAGACUCUUGUGAUGCAGACUUCAGCGUCAUCACGAAGGUGAAUGACUACAAUUCGCUGCCGGAGCGUUUCAAGGACUUCCUGUUGUACAUGAGAUGCAGGUCUUACCCCAUGUUGCUGGACCAACCCCACAUUUGCAAAAAAAAGCCUUUCCUGCUGCUGGCCAUAAAAUCUCUGGCGCCACACUUUGACCGACGGCAGGCCAUUCGUGAGUCUUGGGGACGAGCUGGCCGGUUGGCUAACCGCACUGUAGCGACGGUGUUCCUCCUGGGCACCACCACUGCCGUGGACCAUUUCCCUGACUUGUCGGAGAUGCUGCACUUUGAAAGCUCAAAACACAAGGACAUUCUGAUGUGGGAAUACCGGGACUCAUUCUUCAAUCUCACCAUCAAGGAGGUGCUCUUUCUGGAGUGGUUCAGCCACCGCUGCCCCACAGCAAGGUAUGUCUUUAAGGGUGAUGAUGAUGUCUUUGUCAACACCCAUCGCAUGAUGGAUUUCCUCAUGACCCUAACCCCAGACAAGGCUAAAGAUCUUUUUGUUGGGGAUGUGAUCACCAAUGCUGGCCCACACCGGGACAAGAAGCUCAAAUAUUUCAUCCCAGAUAGCAUGUUUGUGGGGCAGUACCCCUCAUAUGCUGGAGGUGGAGGUUUCUUGUACUCCGGUGACUUGGCCUUGCGGUUACACAGCGUGUCCCAUCAGGUCUGCCUGUACCCCAUUGAUGAUGUCUACACAGGCAUGUGCCUCCAAAAGCUGGGACUGAGCCCCGAGAAGCACAAGGGUUUCAGAACUUUUGACAUUGAGGAGAAGUACAAAAACAACCCGUGUGCAUACAAGAGCUUAAUUCUGGUGCAUAGCAGGACUCCACAGGAGAUGAUUAAAAUCUGGUCAUGGCUGAAUGACCCUGAAUUAAAUUGUCAAUAAUUCUUUGCAGAAAUUCUGAAGACUCAUUCUUCUCUCAGCUGACUGUCCAUCUUCAGCUCUUUAAGUGUGAUAACUAGUGUAGUUCACUCCAAUGUGCUGUGAUUAAACAUAAAUACUAUAAACAUAAAUUCUAUAUCGGGCAGAGUUAUUUAUACAGUGGGGUUUUUGUGCAUUCAUGUAGUCUGGUCCCGCCUAUGUAGCGGUCAGUUCGCUUACAUGGAAGCCACUUGGAAAAUUUUAUACGUUGUUUUGUUUUGGGGAGAGGCCUAGUACCUGUGUGAGAGCUGCUUUAACAGCAGUUAUAAUUCCAGAGAAGAUUCACUAAGGUCAGUUGUGUGAUCCUGGUCCUCUUGGACCUGAGGCAAUGAUUUUCAUUGCAGCUGAACUCAGCCUUGCCUGGAAUUUGACUUCUUGCAUUUGCAGCACUGAAAUUGUGAGAGACCAAAUAUGUUAACUAAGCACUAGAUCAAUAGUAUUAAACCAAUUUAGUUAUUCAUGGAAUGUCUCCAAUUAUUGUUUUCAUUAUUGAACAUUUUUUCCCCAGUUUAAAUAGACUAUUUCAAUUAGUCAAUGAUCAUUUAAUAUUCUUAAUCAAGUAUUUAAUUGUUUGAGGGCUAUUCAUAAUCCUAGGUGAAAUUGUUACAGUAACUUCACAAAUAAAUGAACGUUUAGUCAGCACUAUGCUGGUGUGUAAGUUUUGUAAAAUGUAACAAGUCAUUCCAUAGUGUGAUUUCAAGUAGUGCCUUUAGUUUACAGGAUUUAACAGGAUGUGAAUAUUGAACUUCCGUCAGUUACAAUCAUGGAGUAAUUCAGAGCUCAAGUGGGACAAAAAUGGCAUAGUGCAUGGAAUGCUAGAAGCAGGACUCCACACCUAGUCACUAAAGUCUAUGAUUUAUGAAAAGUUGUGACAGUAUUUGAUGAUUUUUUUUUUUUUCCCCCUUCCUCCUCCCCUCUUGAAAACUGUAUAAUUUCCUGAAUUGUCCACAUUGAUUUAUGUAGUGGGAUUCAUGCAUUGGACCUGUUCUAAGCUGUAGGUUUCUUUUGGUCAAGGACAGGUGUUCUCAGUCUACUGUACUUCAUAUAGAGACUGUGUGUGUGUGUGUGUGUGUGUGUCUUAAAAUGUUAUGCGCACAUUAAUGCCAAUGUUUAAUAUUUUUAUGCAACUGUAUUAUAUGACAAACUAGUCACAGAAAUAUAGAUUCAGUAAAGAACUUUUUUUAAAGAUCACUGUAACUUUUAAAUGUUUUGUGUUUUUGUUUAUUGUAUUUAUUUGGUUAGCAGAAAACUUUAUUCAUUGUUUUCUGAAACAACCUAGGCAAAGGUGCAGACCUGUGGCCAUUUGAUCCCCUGUCCUGUUUUUGAAACACAAUGCUUUCUAGUGCCCCACAUCAUUUGUAUUUCGUUUUCUCCACCCAUUUUUUUCUUCAUAAUUUCACAUAAUAGUCAUUAGUAAUGUAUUCUUUGUAAAAGGUAACCUUGGCUGAAUGUUUAACAGUUAAAAGCCAAAGUUCAGCUUUGUUCUGAGGGAUCCAAGUCAACUUGGCCUGUUGUACACAGUCUGAUGUCUUGUGAACAUAAUGGAAUAAGGAGCAACAGUAUGGUGAAGAUAUCUUCUGGUCUGAAUUUACAUUCCUGGGACAACUUAUUUCUUUAUUACAUUUAUUGCAUUGGAUAGAUGACUGAAUUAUUCCCAAAAGUGUUUUAUAUACUACACACACAUCACUGUAAUAAAAAUAGUAAUAAUAAAUGUCCAAAAAUUGAGAAGUGCUCCUUUUUGUUUAUCCCUCUGUGUUGGAGUCUCUUCUCUCACACAAGCAUCCAAAAGUAACUUGACAGAAUGACAUUCCACCGGUCAUCUGCUGCACCAGUCGCCAGUCAACCUCAACUAGCAGUUUAGGUUUAUACAUUGAAUUGUCUGCUCCAUAUGUGCCUCAAAAGACUUAUUUUCCUCCUUUUGAUAAAAGAAUUUUCAGAGGAGAUGAUUCUUAUGUAAUUUUAAGAAGCGUGGGUUGGAUAGGGUCCAUAUUUUCUGUGGCUCUCUAAGGGAAACAGUUGAAUAAUCUAUUAAUCUGCAAGUAAGAUUUGCGUGAAUGCAGUGUAAAAAUCUAAAUGUAACGAUAGUAAGAUUACAAAUAUAGUAUUUCACCACUGGUUCUUCUGUAUGUUAACUUGUGCAAGUGACGCACAGUGUAUUGAAGGAACAAAGAAUCCACUUGUCUGCUGUACCUACUGCUACUUGUGUCCCCUGACUUCACAGUAACAGCUUUCUGUAGUUUCUCUGCUUUGCUAAAGAUGAGUAAUAAUUUUCAGCCCACAGGAAGAAGUGGGGACCUCUAGGCGGACUCAAAGGAGCUUUUUUGACUCCUGGUCCCAGCUGGAAAAGAGUAUAUUAGCAUCAUAAUUUGUACUGAAACAUUGUCAUCUCUGUGAUGGAAGCCCUUCUUGCUGCACCUCUUUACAUGCUUGUCAUGUGGUUUAAAAGCUUUUACGCAAUCAUAUGUAACGGACCACAGAGAAAGUGCCUAGUUUUAAAAUCAUAUCAGCCAGUGUGUGAUUUUAAAAAAGAGAAAAAACAGAACUACAUUGCUGUUACAAAGGUCUAAUAUGCUGCUUCAUUAUAUGAGCCUUAUUGCUAAUGGUAACACAGAAGUGAUUACUGUAAACUUUGCAACCCAAAAUGGUCCGAUUUCUUUACCAUUACAUCCUUUUAUUGUUUUUAAUUCGUUCCCUCUUUUUCUCCCAAGUUAAUGUACCCAUUGUCAAUAUAAAAAAAAAAUCUAAAUCGUAAACAAAUUGGACACUAUUUCAACAAAAUUUGUCAAUGACUGCAUACUAAAAAUGUAAUUUAGCAAUACUAACCAAUUUGUGCUGCCUAUGUGUUAUAUUCUGCAGUUAAACUAUGUACAUUGUUCAGUAUAUUCAGUUCAGCCUGAACUGCUGAAAAGUCCACUAUAUGAUUGGAGUACACAAAUAAGGCUGUUUCUGACCAGAGCUUGAGAUCCACUCCCAUGUGGACUGUGUGGGCAUCCAUUCUUAAUGCUGCUGUUGAAUGCGGAGGGGACAUCAACACAUUUUUGUAGCAGGCAGGGCACCCGUAUCUGAAAAGAGUGAUUGCGGGAGUCUGUCAGUCAUUGCCCAAGUUGUCUGUUGUGGUGAAAUGUCUGGACUUUUGUACACUGAUGGGUGUAAAGGUGGCUGUGUUAGCACUGAUUUAUCAGCACUGAUAUCUCACUGUGCUCUGUUGGAUUGGGAAAGAAUGUUUGUACUAAAAGGAGGGGAAAAAAAAAAAUCUUCAGUACAUCAUGUAUUACAGCUCAUAUAUGAGAAUUACACAUUAGGGUUUUAAAUGUUGCUUUGGAAGCAGUUUUGCUGACUUGUGAAUAAUUGUGAGAAAUUGUCCAAUUGUCUCAUGUACAUGCUUCAUAUUCAGUUUCAUUGCCGUUUUAAUAAAUGGAUGAAAACUGCA